CAAACCCAAAGGAUUCGUGGUUUACCGCUCGUUUCUCUCACUGUCAAAUUCUCAGCCUGCGAUUUUCUCGUUCAUCGUGCCCCUGCCUGCCUUCUCCCUCCCUCUUCUUUCUCUCUCUUCCAAUGCCAUCGUCGCCUCUCCGUUUCGACAAAACACACAGCUAAUCUCCCGCUUGCGAUUUUUCCCCCCUUUUACGAGCCCUAAAGGUUUUGCUCCCAAUCGGACCUUCUUUUUUUCCUUUUGAUUUCUGCGCAGGCCGAUCCGAUCCGGUUCAUUCUGCACUAAGUUACUUCUGGGCUUAGAUCCGAUUCCCUGGGUCGUCCGUCGGCUCUCAGUCUCCAUCACCCCUGCCCUCUCAUUGCGUUUGAAGCUGCGUUUCACCAUUGCACACGGGAUUAUCAUUUUCAUCUCGUUAUCCUACCCAAAGCGUACAGGUUUGUUUAUCUCCCUCCCUCUCUCUCUACUUCUCGUUUUCGUGACGUUUGAUCUGUCUGCGAUGCGAAUUUGGCGGAAGCGUACUUCAUAUUUUGUUCGUAUUUUGGCGGUGGCAUUAGAUUAGGUUAUGGAGGGAAGUGGUCUGUGUGAUCGAUUUGUCUUCAGAGUGUAAUAUGGGCGUUUUCCCUGUUUCUGGCUGUGACGUUGCUUGGGAUACUCACAAGGCAUCUGGUUAUUUUUGGAUUUGCUGAAGCAUUUAUUGAUGUUCAUUUCGUGACUUCCUUGUUUGUUUGAUCAUCUCCGCAGCUUUGCGCGCAUUUGAAGCCCUGCUGAUCCCCCCUGAUUCAGAAGCCCUUCUUUGGAUCCGGGCAUUGAAGUAGUUGUGGUGGAGCUUUUUUUAUUUUGUAUUUUUAUCCUCCUAUUGGCUCAAUACUCAGCAAAAUCAUCACUUUAAUGGCCGUGGGAUGACUGAGCUCUGGAAUCAAAUAUUUUGUGCACUAGAUUCUGCAAACAUCUGGUGAGUGUCAAGGAAGAUUGGGAGGAAACAUGAAGGCAAUAACUGCUCGACCUGAGAUCUGGGACCACAUUAAACAUGGUUAUGUGCCACUGUUCUGGGCUGUUGAUCGUUGUUGAUGGUAGUUGGCCCUGCUCUAUGUGAGCCACCAAUGCAGAUGAAGAACUUUUUAUGAGUCCUGAUAAGCCACUGCUUUCAGAAUCAGAUUGCUCUUUGGGGAUUCAUCGCCGUUAUCCGAAAUCAGGAUCCUUCAGCCGCUAUGUCUCCUUCCCAUCUACCAUUUUUGAUGAAACUCAAAGUGGUAGUUUUGAUGUGAAGGACAUAGACUUUGUAUCUGCUGGCGAGUCUAGUUUUCGUAGUGCACUUGAACCUUGCACUUCUGUGACAGAAAAGGACUCUCAAUCAGCUGAAUCUGAGUUUUGCCAGCAGCUGCCUCUGGAAUGCUCCACUCGGGAGAGGAGGCGCCUGACAUCGUGGGGUGCAAUGGAACAGCAUGAUAUGAAUAGCAAUACAGUGCCAUUUGAAAUAUCAGGUGCUCCAUCUCGAGUGCAGGAAAAGAAUAAAUCACAGAGAAUUCGUCACAAAAGUGUUCAAUUUGAAGAUAACCUCUUACAUGAUGACAAUUCGAGGUCAAUAUACAUCAAUGAUCCCAAGAAGACAAAUGACAAGUAUGAGUUCACGGGGAAUGAGAUCCGAACUAGUAGAUACACAAUUAUCACCUUCCUCCCUAAGAAUCUUUUCAUUCAGUUUCAUCGGGUUGCUUACUUGUAUUUCCUUGCUAUUGCGGCGCUAAAUCAGCUCCCUCCGCUGGCUGUGUUUGGUAGGACCGUGUCUCUAUUUCCCCUCUUGUUUGUUCUGUGUGUCACAGCUAUUAAGGAUGGUUAUGAGGACUGGCGGAGGCACAGGUCGGACCGCAAUGAGAACAACCGGGAGUCUCUGGUACUUCAAUCUGAUGAUUUCCGACCAAAAAAAUGGAAGAAUAUUGAAGUUGGUGAGGUUGUUAAAAUCUUAGCUGAUGAGACUAUACCUGUUGACAUGGUCUUAUUGGGGACAAGUGAUCAAAGUGGGCUUGCCUAUAUUCAGACAAUGAAUUUGGAUGGUGAAUCAAAUUUGAAGACGAGGUAUGCUCGGCAGGAAAUGGCUUCAGUAGUAUCACCAGAUUGUUGCGCUGUUUCUGGGAUCAUUAGAUGUGAGCAACCAAACAGGAACAUUUAUGAAUUCACAGCCAACAUGGAGUUCAAUGGGCAUAGGUUUCCCCUUAGCCAAUCAAAUAUUGUUCUGCGUGGUUGCCAACUGAAGAACACAGACUGGAUAAUCGGUGUUGUUGUUUAUGCUGGGCAGGAAACAAAGGCAAUGUUGAACAGUGCAGCUUCCCCUUCGAAGAGAAGCAGACUGGAGGGUUAUAUGAACAGAGAAACCCUUUGGUUGUCAAUUUUUCUCUUUACCAUGUGUUUGGUUGUGGCUGUUGGGAUGGGCCUGUGGCUGAUGCGUCAUAAGGACCAGCUUGACACCUUGCCAUACUACAGAAAAAGAUUCUUCACAAAGGGCCCUGAUAAUGGGAAAAGAUAUAGAUAUUAUGGGAUACCAAUGGAAAUCUUUUUCUCAUUUUUGAGCUCGAUUAUAGUUUUCCAGAUAAUGAUACCCAUAUCUCUUUACAUAACCAUGGAGCUGGUUCGUUUGGGCCAGUCAUAUUUCAUGAUUGAGGACAGGGAUAUGUAUGAUGCCAACUCCGGAUCAAGGUUUCAGUGUAGGUCAUUAAAUAUCAAUGAAGAUUUGGGUCAAAUACGUUAUGUUUUUUCAGACAAGACAGGAACACUUACCGAAAAUAAGAUGGAAUUUCGAAGAGCCAGUAUACAUGGAAGGAAUUAUGGGAGCUCAUUACUUAUGGGUGAUAAUACAAUAGCAGCAGCAGCAGCAGCGUUUUGUGGCAGAGGGAGGUGGAAGCUUAAAUCUGAAAUUGCUGUUGAUUCAGAACUCACAACACUGUUGCAUACAGAUUCAGAUAGAGAUGAAAGGAUUGCUGCACAUGAAUUUUUCCUUACAUUGGCUGCUUGUAAUACUGUGAUCCCCAUGCUUAGUCGUGGAACAAGUGAGUCAAAUGAGGGUGUAGAAUGUAUUGAAUACCAGGGAGAAUCUCCUGAUGAACAAGCUUUAGUUGCUGCAGCCUCUGCUUAUGGAUAUACACUUUUUGAGCGGACAUCAGGACAUAUUGUUAUUGAUGUCAACGGUGAGAGGCUCAGGUUGGAUGUUUUGGGUCUGCACGAGUUUGAUAGUGUUCGGAAAAGAAUGUCUGUUGUUAUUCGAUUUCCUGACAAUACGGUAAAGGUGUUAGUUAAAGGAGCUGACACUUCAAUGUUUAGCAUCUUGGCUGAUGAAAUUGACAACGGUGAUAGCAUACGGCAUGCAACUCAGGUUCAUUUAAAUGAAUAUUGUUUGCAAGGUUUGCGCACACUUGUAGUUGCUUCCAGGAAUCUCUCAGAUGCAGAACUUGAGCAGUGGCAGAGCAUGUAUGAAGAAGCAAGCACUUCAUUAACUGAUAGAGGUGCAAAACUACGCCAAACAGCAGCUUUAAUAGAAUGCAACUUAAAGCUACUUGGAGCAACUGGGAUUGAGGACAAGCUGCAAGAGGGUGUACCAGAAACAAUUGAGUCCUUGCGACAAGCUGGAAUCAAGGUCUGGGUUCUUACUGGUGAUAAGCAAGAGACAGCAAUUUCAAUUGGUCUCUCCUGCAAACUUUUGACUCCAGAUAUGGAGAUGAUAAUUAUAAAUGGCACAUCGGAAAAUGAAUGCAGAAAUCUUUUGGCUGAUGCAAAAGCCAAAUUUGGUAUAAGAUCUGUAUGUAACAGAAACCAGAAUAUGAGGCACAAAACCAAUGAUGGACGUGGUGAUCUUGAGAUGGCCGAUAAUACAAAGUCUUUAAAUAUGCCUAGAUGUGAUCCAAGGGAAGAUGCUCCACUGGCACUUGUAAUUGAUGGAAACAGUUUGGUUUACAUCUUGGAGAAGGAACUGGAGUCAGAGCUUUUCGACCUUGCAACUUCUUGUAGAGUUGUGCUAUGCUGUCGUGUUGCACCCCUGCAGAAGGCAGGAAUUGUUGAUUUGAUAAAGAGCCGCACUGUUGAUAUGACACUGGCUAUUGGUGAUGGUGCCAAUGAUGUGUCAAUGAUCCAAAUGGCAGAUGUUGGUGUUGGAAUAUGUGGGCAGGAAGGUCGUCAAGCAGUGAUGGCAUCUGAUUUUGCUAUGGGACAGUUUCAGUUCUUGAAAAGAUUGCUUCUGGUUCAUGGACACUGGAAUUAUCAGCGUGUUGGCUAUUUAGUUCUCUACAAUUUCUACCGCAAUGCUGUCUUUGUCUUGAUGCUAUUCUGGUAUAUAUUAUGCACUGCUUUUUCAACAACUUCUGCAUUGACCGAUUGGAGCAGUGUAUUCUAUUCUGUGAUAUACACAUCAGUCCCUACUAUUGUUGUUGGUAUUCUGGACAAAGACUUGAGUCACAAGACACUCCUGCAGUAUCCUAAACUGUAUGGUGCAGGUCACCGGCAUGAGGCUUACAAUAUGCAUUUGUUUUGGAUCACAAUGAUGGACACUCUAUGGCAGAGUCUUGUUCUCUUCUACGUACCCUUGUUCACCUAUAAGGAUAGCACAAUUGAUAUAUGGAGCAUGGGCAGCUUGUGGACAAUUGCAGUUGUCGUCCUUGUAAAUGUACAUUUGGCUAUGGACAUUAAACAUUGGGUAUUAAUUACACACGUUGCUGUUUGGGGAUCGAUAAUCAUCACAUUUGGUUGCAUGGUGGUAUUGGAUUCUUUUCCUGUCCUUCCAAACUACUGGACUUUUUAUCAUGUGGCCAAGUCUCCUACAUAUUGGAUCACAAUUUUGCUCAUAAUUAUUGUGGCAAUGCUCCCUCGAUUUGUCUUUAAAGUUGUUUAUCAAGUAUUUUGGCCCUCUGAGAUCCAGAUAGCAAGAGAAGCCGAGAUAAUAACAAGACAUCGUGAUCAUCUGAGGCCAAGUCAAGACGUUUCUAGCUAACUUGUGUUUGUCUUCCAGAAACUAGUGAGAUCUUGAUCGAUUGGCAUCCCUUGUAUUUGACCAUCACAUUGCUUUCUUGUGGCUGUUGGUUGUAAAAGUCAUCUGAUGAGCAGCAGUGGCAGAGUGGAUUGAUGUGAGACAAAUGGCCAAAGCCCCUUUCGUGGUUAAACCAAGAAUGUAAUGUGGUGCUGUGAUGGAUGGGGAUCACAGGCAAGUCAUGAAGUUAAUCUUAUGGUUGUUUCAAAUGCCUUUCGGUCUUUGGAGUCUCGGUGAGGGGGAGAGUGAGAGAGAAGGAUGUGUUAGGGCAAGGGGAUGAACAGAGAGAAGUAUGAAGCAGGGGGGUCCCCCAAGGGGAGGUUGGGAGACACUUUACGUUACUAAAAGUGUAUAUUAGUGGUGUAAAAAGUCAGGUGCUUUCUUUCAAAGGAAAUUUGUCUUUUCUUUCUUUUUUUUUGUUUUCUACAAAAAAAGGAAAGGUUGAAAUGAAAGAAGGGUAUAUUUAGAUUUA